CGACGGACCAAUUGAGAAUAAUAAUGCUGGGUCAGGGGAAGGCGAACGCCAUGGUUGGGGUUGUCUCAGGCGGGCCCAGCAAUAAUCAAUCAAUCAAUCAACAUGGUCCCGGCGCGAGAUACACCUCCCUCCCUCCCUCCCUACCUCCUCACCUACCACCCUCCCACCACCGACCUUCAAAAUGACCAACACCACCACCACCGCUGCCGCCCGGCCACCAAACCCUCCCCUUCCUCCUCCGCGGACGCCCCCCUCUUCCCCACGACCCUCAUCUCCCCCGAAGUCGCCGCCCUGCUGCCCGAAAACUACAGCAUCCGCCCGAUGCGCCGCUCCGACUACAAGCUCGGCUACCUGGACGUGCUGCGGGUGCUGACCACGGUCGGCGACAUCAGCGAGGAGCAGUGGAACAAGCGCUACGACUGGAUCUCGUCCCGCAACGACGAGUACUACCUGCUUGUGGUGUGCGACGGCGAGGACCGCAUCGUGGGCACGGGCAGCUUGAUCGUCGAGCGCAAGUUCAUUCACUCGCUGGGUAUGGUCGGACACAUUGAGGAUAUUGCGGUCGAGAAGAAUCAGCAGGGGAAGAAGCUGGGACUGAGGAUUAUUCAGGCCCUGGAUUUCGUGGCGAAGGAGGUGGGGUGUUAUAAGAGUAUCCUCGACUGCUCCGAGACCAACGAGGGCUUCUACCUUAAGUGCGGCUUCAAGCGCGCCGGCCUGGAGAUGGCUCACUACUACUAAAUACGCGUAUAGCCGGGAAUAAUAUAGUAAUUACAGUGUCUUGUUUUUUUGUUUUAUUUUUUUUUCGGGGUUCCUUCUUUUUGUUCUUGAUAUGUGUGUCUGUCUGUUUUGGCGUUCACAUACAUGCAUACAUACAUAGAAACUGGGCUCGGGGUUUGUUUGUUGACUUGACUUGACUUGACUGUAUCUGAUGUAUUGUAUCAAUAACUACCUACCUACCUACUUACCUAACGAACUGAUAGUACAGUCAGUUGGGAAAGAGACGGGAUAUUGACAUAUGUAUGAGACAUGCCGAAACAACCCCGUAAUAUAGGUAGGUAGCUGUCGCGUAUAUUUAUAUUACAUUGGCGUGCAUUGCGGGCUGGACUUGGG